AUUGCGAUCCGCCUCCGGGGGGCGGGGUCUUGAUUACCGCGCUGCGCAGGAGCUCGGCCGCGAGGGCGGAAGAAGCGCAUCAGUCUUGGGUCUCUUACCGCAGAGAUGGCAACAGAGGGGGAGCCGAGCAGCUAUGUCAAAAUCAUCCAGCUUUUUGUGCUCUCCACUGCCUGGGGGAUGCAGAUAUGGGUUACCUUUAUUGCAGGGUUUGUUCUCUUCCGGGGUGUGAGCCGCCAUACCUUUGGCCUGGUGCAAAGCAAGCUGUUUCCUUUCUAUUUCUACACCCUGCUUGGCUGCACCUUCCUGAACCUGGUCAUCUUCGCUUCGUACCACCCGCGGGAGCUUCUCAGCACCUGGGAUACAGUCCAGAUUGUGUCCUUUUUUAUUGGCCUUGUUUUGGCGGCUUCCAAUGCUUCCUGGCUCUCCCAAGUCACCACCAAGACCAUGUUCAAGAUGCAGGAGAUUGAAAGGGAGCAUGGCCUCGGGGACGAGGUGGGGCUUUCGGCUCGGCGGGAGGCUUACCAGCUUCUGAAGGAGAAGGAUGCCAAGUACCAGAGCCUGCGCCAAAAGUUCUUCAAGUUCCACGGCCUGUCCUCUCUCUGCAACCUGGCUGGCGUCUUCUGCACCGGGGUGAAUUUGGCAUGCCUAGCACUGCAGCUGGACAGCCUUUAGACUGCAGGGGGCGCUCUACCCAUCUACUCCUGCCGGCGCUCCAGGAUUGUUUUCUAAGCCACAAAACCGAACUUUCUCUCGAAGCAAAGAUGACAGCCUGUAUUCUGAGCUACGAUUGACCACUUGGAGAGAAGGAGUUUGACAGCGGCCAGAAAUCAAUUCAUUGGAGUGAAUGGGUGUGGGGAAAACUACCCAUUCCCGAAACAGCCAGAUUUUCCCCCUCCCUGAAGGACAGAAUUGGAUAAUCUGUUUUGCAAUCUAGACUAAAGCCUGUUUGGUCAUAUUCCUCAGUGCCCAGACCUCUGGGUCCCUUCCAACUCUUUAAGAUUCUAUGAUCAUGUUUUGGACACUUUUGCAUAAAUAAAAGCCAUUUCUAUUUCUGCAUCUCA